AAACGUGGGAAGUGCGAUUGUUUCGCUGGCUUCUCUGGAGCCAGGAAAGGAAACAAGACUGGAGAGGAGGAAGAGGACUUCUGGGAAUUAGUCACAAGUCCUCCCUGAUUCUCGUGUGCACCCUUUGCAGGUGGUGAAAAGUUCCCACGCAGGCCUAUAAGGGGCAGGAGCGCGCUGGGCGCGUGAUUGGCAGUCGGGCACCAGCAUACCGUCUUUGACCUCACCUGUCUGUAGACCUCAGCUUUAUAUAAGCUACCAUUUAUUUUGUUUCCCGAGUAUUCUGUUCCUUAAUUAUUGUAAAUAAAACAAUCUUCAAGAUCGCUGCUGGAUCAGCUUGAAUUAGUGGAGGGAAAGCGGGAAAAGGAAGAAUACGUGACAAGGAAGGCUGUGUAAAAGGUGUGAGUCAGACAAGAUGCCCGCGCCCCAAGUGGAACAAACAUUUGAAACAAAGGGGUUAUAGGAACAAUCACUUUCAGUGUUUUAUGCCACUACAAGUUGUCAAAGACGUGCUGUACAAGUUGUCAAAGACGCGCUGUGAAAUACAGCCGACAGGAUUGCGCACCAAACAGGAAGCAAGGCCAACGCGCAUGGUGCAGGAGAACAAAGGACUUCUUUCAUGAGGUUUGUGAUAAACCAUCAAACUCAUUCGUUAAAAGGACUCCAUGGUAAUAUAAAGUGACUUUUUCUGGACAUUAUCAUGCAAGAAUUGUUUGUUUUUGCGACUGCGAUCACCGCGUAAUGAUUUUUAAAGUUUGCAUUACAAACAUUUGGUGACGGGCUUGCGCGCGCGCUCCCGACGGCCCGUGAACGGACAUUUAAUUCCCAAAAAAGGAUAAAGAUUAUUUUUGGAGCUUUUUAUAUUCACUUGGAAGUGUAAACGUUUUUUGUUUUACCAAGUGAAGGAUUUUUGUUGAUUAAAAGAGGAAAAUGUCAACUAAUAAUUCAGCCGAAGGAGGGGAAAUGACGGCGAUUGCGCAGGAGAUUUCUCGUGUGCGCGCCGCCAGAAUAGGCAAAAUGUCACACAUAAGGCGAAUGAACAUUGUGCGCAAUUUGAUGGUAAAUGCAGAGGCUUUAAAGGAAGUGAAAAUAAAUAUGAGCAAGUUUAAUGAGUUCCUAAUGGAAUUUAAAUCUCUACAUAAAUCAUAUUCUGAAGCUUUAGAGCCAGAUGACCAAAGGGAUGAUGAACAAACAUGGUAUCAGCCUAAAAUUGCUCUAAUAGAUGCCUUUGAAGCUGAGGUGUCCCGAUGGAUAUCAGAUCUUGAAAAUCCCUCAACGCACACCUGUGCUCCUCCACCGGAGGACAUUGCUAUAUCAAAAGACAGUGAUUUAAUAACUGGUCAUUUGAAGGACAAUUUAGAGGAGGCGGACGGCUUAUAUAAGCAUGAACUAACUGGUCACCCAGGCAUAGUGUCAAGAAGGGAGGCAUCAGUCAAGUCCUUCAGUUCAGGACGUUCGUCCAAUAUUUCCUCUUCAUCAUUUUGGAUUAGAGCGGAGGCGGAAAAAGCUGCUUUGACAGCCAGGGCAGCAAGGUUGCAGGAAAAGCAUAAUAUUGAAGAACAGGAGUUAAUGUGCAGGAAAAAAAGAGAGGUUUUGGAGUUAAAAACAGAAAUAGAGGCGGCUAAUGCUAAAAUUAACUACUUGAAGGAAGUAGAAGGUUUAGUGGUGCAUGCUGCGGGGCAGACAGCACCGGUUAUAGGGGCAGCAUUUGAUCCAUCAAGGUGUGGUUCACCUGUGGGAGGCCCAGUGGUUAGGCACAAGGAAGGAGUUCAGAUGCAGUUCUCCACUACUCUGUUCGACGCAUCUAUACCCCAAGUUCCACAUGCCAGCCUCCAACCUCAGCAGGCCCCAAUUCAGCAUGCCAGCCUCCAACUCCAACCCCAACCUCAGCAGGCACCAGCUCAACAGCAGCAGGUCCCAGUUCUACCUCUGCAGGCCCCAGGUCAGCCUGGCGGUCUCUAUACCCAGCAGGCCCCCGUUCACCAAGCUAUGCCUGCCAGUUUCCAGUUCCAACCUCAACAAGCCACCCCCAGCUCAACGCAGAACAAUCAGCUGAUCAAAAUUCUGGAAGCCCAAAAUGAACUGACUAAGAUUCUUGUGAAACAGCAGCUUCUGGCCACCCUCCCACAAGGAAGUGUUCCCUUCUUUGAUGGAAACAUCUUGGAGUACAAGUCAUUCAUCCAUUCCUUUGAACACAUGGUGGAAAGUAAAACGGACAAUGACAGGGACAGGUUGCAGUUUCUCAUACAGUACACAAAGGGCCAUGCUCAAAAACUAAUCAAAAGUUGUGAAUAUAUGUCACCAGACAGGGGCUACCAGAAAGCCAAACGAUUAUUAAAAGAGAACUUUGGUCAGGACUUUAAAAUUGCCUGUGCAUACCUAGAUAAGGUCCAGACCUGGCCUCAAAUUAAAGCAGAGGAUUCCAAAUCCUUGCAGGAGUACGCCAUGUUCCUCAGGAGCUGCUGUAAUGCCAUGGAGGACACGGACUACAUGGACGAACUGGACACAGUGGCCAAUAUGAGAAACAUUGCGUUCAAGUUGCCCUUCAAGCUGAAGGAGAACUGGCGCAACAAAGCCUAUGAGCAGCAGGAGGAGCACAACCGCAGGGUGAGGGUUUUAGACCUGGUUAGCUUUAUAGAAAAGCAAGCUCGUGUGGCUUCCCAUCCAGUCUUUGGAGAGCUAAGGGUACAGGAGCAGUCAGCCAUAGGAAAGGCUAACGCUAGACCCUCUGUAAAGCCGCAACACUCAAUGUCAGCUAGUAGUAGUUUUGCCACGAGUAUUGCUAUUAGCCCAAUGAAAUCCAAGCCAGAGUCUGAGUCAGAGCCCAUUUGUCCACUUUGUAAAAACAAACACCCAUUAGAGUUGUGUAGACUGUUCAUUAAAAAGAAGCACAGAGACAAGCUUUGUUUCCUAAAGAGCCAGGGCAUGUGCUUUGCCUGUCUUUUAAUAGGGCACAUAAGUUCUGUUUGUCCAAAUCGUCAGACAUGUCGACUGUGUAAAAAAUCUCACCCAAGUGUCUUACAUUAUGAUAGAAAAGACAAGGUAUCGAAAGAGGUAGAAAAGCCCUCUAAAAAUGUAAGCAGCUCAGGAGCAGAGCUAUGUGGCCAUAUAGGGGCCGGGGACCAAGAGACUGUUCUGUCCAUUGUCCCAGUCAAAGUUAAGGCCGGGAAGGGCAGUCAGGUCCUAUCAGUUUAUGCUCUCCUUGACCCUGGAUCCUCCGCUAGCUUCUGUUCUGAACAGCUUAUGUCCCAGUUAAACAUAAAAGGAGUAAAUACCCAUAUCCUACUAAGGACUAUGAAUCAGAAAAAGUCUGUCCCAACUCACAUGGUAGCUGGGCUGGAAGUGUCUGCACUGGACAACAAUCAUUUCCUACCUCUUCCUGUUGUCUUCACACAGAAAGAAAUGCCAGUCUCCACAAGCAGCAUCCCCAAACAGGAAGACAUAGCACCAUGGCCAUAUUUAGGCAACGUUAUACUCCCGAGCAUCAGUUCAAAGGUGGAGCUGUUAAUAGGCACAAAUGCUCCAAAACUGUUAGAACCAUGGGAGGUUAUAAAUAGCCAUGGUGGAGGUCCAUAUGCAGUGAGAACAUUAUUGGGAUGGGUGGUUAAUGGGCCAUUUAGAGGUGGGAAUAGUGAGGCAGUGAGUGCAACUGUUAACACAAUAUCAGUUGCAAAUCUGGAGGAGCUUUCGAUUUCCCAGUAUAACCUGGAGUUCAGUGAGGUAGUGUCAGAAGAGAGGACUGAGCUAUCAGUAGAAGAAAAACAGUUUUUAGAGAUAGCCAAUGAGGCAGUCCUACAGGACGGACACUACAGCCUGAAAUUACCCUUCAGAAAACCCACGGUCAACCUACCCAACAACCGCCCAAGUGCCAAACAGCGCCUCCACAGCCCGAGAAGAAAAAGGAAAAAGGAACUCCUCUCAGGUCAAACUGCCACCUGUCCACACAGCUACAACGUGAACAAGGAACUCAAAACUUUCAGUACCUCACUUGGUGGACAGCACCUCACAGUGGAAGAUGUGUCGCAGGCCGAAAAGUCAGUGAUCAUUCAUGUCCAAAGGCAAUCAUUCCCUGUGGAGAUGGCAACACUCAAAACGACAUCAUCUCGUGUUUGUAAGAGCAGCAACAUCAGCAGGUUAGAUCCCAUGCUAGAUGAAGGCGUGUUAAGGGUAGGGGGUAGGUUGCAUAGAUCUGCAAUGCCCGAGGAAGCCAAGCACCCCUAUAUCCUCCCCAAAGAUGCUCACAUCUCAACUCUCAUCCUGAGACACAUUCACGAACACUCUGGACACAGUGGCAGUAACCACAUGCUCUCUGAGCUCCGAAAGAAAUACUGGGUGGUAAAGGGAAACUCUGCAGCCAGAAAUGUGAUUUCAAAGUGUGUUGUGUGUCGACGUGUGAGAGGAAAACCAGGAGAGCAAAAAAUGGCAAGUUUACCCCAAGAGAGAAUACUCCCUGACCUCCCUCCCUUUACUAAUGUUGGGUUAGAUUACUUUGGCCCAAUCACAGUCAAAAGAGGAAGGAACCAAGUCAAGAGGUAUGGGGUCCUCUUUACUUGUAUGAGCAGUAGAGCGGUGCAUUUAGAGGUAGCCUACACACUAGAUACUGACUCAUGCAUCCAUGCUAUAAGGAGGUUUGUCUGUAGGAGAGGACAAGUUAAGCACAUUCGAUCAGACAAUGGCACUAACCUGGUGGGAGCUCAAGCCGAGCUCAAAAAGGCCCUGCGUUCACUAGAUAACAGGAAAAUCCAAGGCUCCCUUCUGUCUGAGGGAAUUCAGUGGUCAUUCAAUCCACCCGCAGCCUCCCACUACGGUAGAGUCUGGGAGAGGCUCAUUAGGUCCGUAAGACAGGUACUCAACUCUACUCUCCACCAACAAGUCAUUGAUGAUGAGGGCCUGCAAACCAUCUUUUGCGAGGCAGAGGCAAUCCUCAACAGUCGUCCCCUCUCCACAGUCUCUUCAGAUCCACAGGACUUAGAGCCGCUGACCCCAAACCACAUUCUCCUUCUAAAAACUCAACCCAUCAUUCCCCCGGGCACCUUCGAGAAAAAUGAUCUCUACGUCAGGCGCCGCUGGAAACAGGUCCAGUAUAUGGCUGACCUUUUCUGGCACAGAUGGACAAGGGAGUACUUGGCGCUUCUGCAAGAAAGACAGAAAUGGACCCAAGUGAGGAACAACCUGCAGCCAGGAGAUGUGGUCCUGGUGGUCGACCCCACAGCCCCAAGGGGCUCCUGGCCAUUGGGCAGAGUACUGGAGACUCGGCCAGAUGGAGGAGGCCUGGUCCGGUCAGUCAAGCUCCAAACAAAGACUUCAGUCAUCGAAAGGCCUAUCACCAAGCUGUGCCGCAUCCUGGAGGCUGAGGGCUGACUGGUCAGUCAUGGAGACCAGACCACAAGAGAGCCAAAGGGACGUAAUGUAUAUACUUUAUUUUCUUUCAAGACUUUGCCUUUUGUUUGUUUAUUAUGGAAUAGGCUCCUUUUUUUGCAUUAAAUUAAUGAAUGUGAUUGAGUCUGUAAAGAUCAAUCAGGGGCCGGUGUGUAGGAGCCAAAUAGAGGGCCAUACUUGAAUUUAUGUUUAUUUUAUUGUUUUUGAGUGAUUCAUGCGUGUAUGUCAGUGUGCACCCUUUGCAGGUGGUGAAAAGUUCCCACGCAGGCCUAUAAGGGGCAGGAGCGCGCUGGGCGCGUGAUUGGCAGUCGGGCACCAGCAUACCGUCUUUGACCUCACCUGUCUGUAGACCUCACCUGUCUGUAGACCUCAGCUUUAUAUAAGCUACCAUUUAUUUUGUUUCCCGAGUAUUCUGUUCCUUAAUUAUUGUAAAUAAAACAAUCUUCAAGAUC